CAGCCGCCGUGCUGGUAGGGUCCAGCUUGGGUGGAGAAGGAAGCGCCCCAUGACGCUUGGGUGACACUCCAGGAGGGCGCCCUGUUUUGUUAACUGGCUUCGGGAAUGCCUUUUAGAAACCAGGACCACUUGCAUCCCUAGCAGGCUAGCAUAGUUUGGCUAAAUAAACCCCGUUUGUGGAGAUUAGCUGCAAUAGCAGCAGCGUUUUCAAGCGAAUAGCUCGUGGGUAUGAAGAUUGCACCAGAAUUUGAAAUGUCUAACAGAAGCAUAAUCAUGACUACAGCUGGUUGUAUAGAGAAUCUACUACAUAAAAAAAAUUACCAAGAUAUUGGAAGUCAUCUUGAAUAUCUUGAAACUGUUGAUAUGACUAUAACUAAUCUCCAAGAGACUGAUAUUGCCAAAGCUGUUUUCCAAAUCCUCAAGAACUGUCCCUCUGUAGUACUGAAAAACAAGGCUAAGCAUUUACUGUCAAAAUGGAAAAAACUUUAUAAAAAAUACCAAUCAAUGCAAAUUAAACCAGGACCUAGUAAUAUGGAAGAAUCUUUUGAAAAUGAUCAGGUAGUCUUGGAGAAUAUAAACUUAUGUGAGAAACAAGGUCAGCAUGAAAAAGUAGAUCCUGUCAGUUUCAACCAUUGCCUGCCAUCAGAAAGCAGUUCAAAAGCUAUUAGAAGUAAUGCGCAAGAGGAUGAUGCAAUUCAACCAGAACAUCUGGGAGUCUCAUGCUUGGUUAGCAAAACAAACGCAUCUGAGGAUCCCAUUACAGCUCUGAGGUGUAAAUGCAUAGAACUUCUUUGUGAAGCUUUGCUUGAUUCUUCAACAAGCAAUGAACAAAAUGAAAAGCAUCACAAAAUAGCAGAAGAAAUUGAACAGCACAUUUUUGCAAUGUAUGUUAAAAAUAAUAGAAAAUACAAAAACUGCAUCCGGAGCAAAGUUUUAAACUUGAAAAAUCCUAAAAAUUCUCACUUAAAGAGUAACUUGCUUACAGGGGCUCUUAAUCCCAAAACAUUUGCUGAUAUGUCUGUGAUGGAAAUGGCACACGCUGAAUUGAAACAGCUUAGGACUUCAUAUACAAAAUCAUCUGUUCUGGAACAUCAGCUCCCUCAAAAUAUCAAUGGUACACAUACAAGCAAAAUAAAAUGUAGGCACUGUGAAAAAUACGAUUGCACUGUUACUGUCAUUGCAAGGGGAGCCCUUUUCCUUCCUGGUUGGGUGAGGAAUACAAAUGCAGAUGAACAAAUGAUGACUUAUGUAAUUUGUAAUGAAUGUGGGGAGCAGUGGUACCAUAGCAGAUGGAUCUGUUUGUGAUUGUACAUUAUCUAGAGGAAGUAAAUAUAAAAUAUGACAGUAACCCAGAGCAAACAUUUAAAUGUGGAAGUAUUAUAACUGCUUAAAUGGUUUUGUAGGGCAAUAAAAUGUGGAUGUGCAUUACUGGACAAGUGACUAAAAUACUGGAAGAGACUGUCUAGAAAUCAGAAUAUGACUCACACCAAUCCAUAAAAAAAAUCAACUUUACUAUAGUAUCAAUGAUGUCAUGCAACUUACAAAUGUAGGAUAUUUUAAAAGUACUUGUUAUGCUAGUAACUUUCUACAUUCAUUUGAAAGCUUAAAUUUAACUAAUAGUUGGCCAAACGCUAGGAGUUUCCUGACUAUUUCACAGUCCUUGAAAUUCCCUCCCUCUUUUGGUAGUCCUCAUGAGGAGACCCAAGAAUUCAAGUCAUGAGAUGUCCUUGAUACGAAGGCAAUAUUGUUUUGGCAAGAAAGAUAUUCAUUCUGCAUGAUAUCAGUUCCAGUUGAAGGCAAAUUAUUUGUUAAUUUUAUGCCUUUUAUAUUUUAAUUAUAGUUAUGCAGUUUAUAGUUGAUUUUACUUCAUUAUUAAUGGAAGAGCUAAAAUAUUAGUCUGAUCACAGUGACGCAUCUUUUGUUAACCUUCCAAUUACAAGUAGUCCUCACUUAACAACCAUUUGUUUAGUGACCAUUUGAAGUUAUAGUGGUGCUGAACAGAGACUUACAAUGGUCCUCGCACUUAUAACCACUGUGGCACCCCCGUGGUCAUGUGAUCAUGAUCUGGGCGCUUGGCAACCAUCUUGCAGUUAUGAUGGUUGCAGCGUCC